UGUUACAGUGCCACGGUAAAGAUGUACCAAAGACGAAAUAAUGUGAACAUCUAGUGACGUCAGUUAUGUAUGCUACUCCAGUUUUGUAACUUUUGGGAUUAUUGAAUUUAGGUGAGCGAUAAUCCGCACCAAAACAGACGGUGCUGUCACUUGCCCUCACGCGCGAGGCAUCUUGUGUGUGGAGAUUUCUUUGUGGCAAGUCUCGCCUGCUUGCAUGAUAGCUAAGUGCACCUAGCCCUCCAAUGUAGGCUACCGGCUUGGGCACAGCGCUAUUUUUGUCCACAUCUGUUUUCGUUCAAAAAAUGGACUUUCAGGCGGCAAUGGAAACUUUCGCCGAAGCAUGGGUUGCUGCAAACACGCCGACUGCCGUCAACUCGGACCCCGCUAGUCAGAGUACACCAACUGCCAAUCAAAGUGAAGAUCCGCCCACAAUGUUGCCGAAAGAAAAACUGACCAGUCUGAAGAGUAGUCCACAAGGGAAGGGAGGAGCAUCAGAGGGGAAGUCUGAUUCACCAGCUGGAGGAGCAAAGUCUCUGCCAAUUCACUGUAUUGUGGAGCAGGUGUCUGGGGUGCCGACCUUUGACACAACAGGAUGUCAGUCAUCAACCAGUGUGGAACUGGACAGCUACGCCAUUUUACCCAGCACGACAACCUUGUGUGACCUUGUCAGGACAGCGUUGAUGAAGCUGGGCUACAGCUCUUCAGACACCAUGAAUGCUAAAGGUGCUAUACAGCUAAAGAACUGGAAACCACUAACGUUUGAGAGCAUCACAAAUAACCUCCAGUCUACGGUGGAGGACAUAUUGGGGGACCUGACAAAUGUGGCAACAUUAAAAAUACGCAUCUGCAGCCAGCCCAAACUGAGCUCAACAGAUGACGUGAAGGAGAAGCUGUUGCAGCUUUUACUGAACCAAUCACAGGGCAUGCUGUUAAACAGUGGAUGUCCAAUAGACAAGGUCAUGCUCUCAUCGAUUUCUCAAGGUCAUCUCCCCAGUGACAUCACUUCAGACACAAGGCGGGACUUCGAUCUAUGGUUCAGCGAACAGCUGAAAAAAUCCACAAAACCGCUUGAAUCGCCGUCAUUGUCAAAGACCGAAUCAUCGUCCCCUCAGAAGAGUUGCCCUACCAAGUCUCCUGUGUCCACAGCUACGUCAACGCCCUCUGCUGUACAAAGCUCCUCACCUCACCUGUCAGCCACGCCCAUGUCAUCGUCAGGGAAACACACGCGGAUGAGGACAUCGUUCGACCCCGAACACGAGAUCCCGCGCUUGCAGAAGUGGUUUCAAGUGAAUCAGCACCCGACACGUGAACAAAUGAUUCUGUAUUUAAGCGAGUUGAACAGUCUUGAUUCGCGGAAAGGACGCAAACAACUGGACCUCACAAACAUUAUUUACUGGUUUAAAAACGCAAGAGCAGCAUUUCGGCGAGCUAACAAGUCAACAGACGAUUGCCAAGGCGAUGGAGAAGAUACGCUGGGCAUGGCUUAUCCAGAUGCAGAAGAGUCCACCAAGGAUGUAGGGGGUGGAAAUAUGGAGGAUCGGGCAGAUUCCCCUGUGGAAGAGUCCAUUCCUUAUCUGCCAAACAGGAAUGCUGUGUACGUCAUCCCCAAUCCUCUUCACAGAAUUGUCACUGAAGAACAGGCUACGGACUUGUCAACGAAUAAACACAAGGACGAAAGGUCUGAGUCUCCGAAACCCUCAUGUCCAAGUGAGAGCGGGGGCGAAGAAGAUAGCAAUCUUGACCUCAGCGAUCACAGGCAGCAAGCAUCCACUCCAAAACGAGACCUCGAGAAGGUCAGUGGGAAAAGGGGCGUGUCGCCGCAGGGACGAAAGCGUCGUCACUCAGAGGAGAGUUGUGCAUCAGAAGAUGAAGAGAAUGAACCGAGGCCAAACAGUACCCACAAGUCCAUGGUCAAACAGGAAAUUGAGAGUGACCAUGAGUAUGUCGGCAGCCAAAGUCAUAUAUCGCGCGAAUUGUCUGUCCUAGCUCAGUCGCCCCAUAACAGACUCGCCCUCUCCAUCCCUCAUAUGCCCCAUCCUUUAGCUAUGCACUAUAUACCCCUCAAUGCCCAGUAUUACCAUGCCCAACUCCAGCAACGCGGCCACCUGGUGCAGCAACAGGUUAAUGUAUCCCAUAGCAACAGUAACCAUAGCAACCACACCAACCACAUAAAUGCUAAUUCUGUCUCGGCCAAAGCGGCACUGGACAAAAAACGUCGGACGAGAGUGUUUAUUGACCCGCUGACGGAGAUUCCGAAGUUAGAACAGUGGUUUUUGGAAGACACGCAUCCGUCCGCGUACAUGAUAGACAAAUACUGUGAGGAGCUUAACCGCUCAGAGUACAGGAGGAAAUACCCUAGGCUAGAGCCAAAAAAUGUCCAGCUAUGGUUUAAAAACCACCGAGCAAAGGUAAAGAGGAUGCGUAUCGAAGGCCCAGGGCAUGGCGUGAACUAUAAAUAUGACGACAGCAGCCCAGGGGGCGAACUGUUUGAUUAUGAGCAGCAUAACUCCCAGCAUGCUUUGAGCUAUGAAGUUGACAAAGGGAGACAAAUUCUGUCAGCCUGA